CUGAUUAGCUCCUGGCAUGAUGCCACCGCAGCGGUGUGUGACAUAUGUGCUAUUAGAUGGACGAUGUUGACUCACUCUUCCCCUCCAGCGGCAAGUUCGCUUUCAGCGCAAGCCAGCACCUGAUGGUUGCCGGCGUUCGUUCCCCCCGCCAAUGUCCGAAGCAGAGGUUUUUGCUCUAAGCACCUCGCGUGCAAACGACAACGCUGCACCUCAGAAACGAUGGGGACCAUUCACCAGGGAACAGCCAGUAGAUGCUCAGAAGUUGGAAGAGAAAGAGCCGAAAACACCAAGGCCCACCCGCUCCCAGAAAUUCCUGGACCUAGUCAAAGCAGGAUCAAUGCCCAACCUGAACUUAGCUGCCAACGUUGGUGCAAAAAAGAUCUCUCGUUCGGUGCGUUUCGCUCCAUGCGAGGCCACAGCUUCUACUUCCGCGCCUACACAUUCCACCGAUGCUCCUGUUGAUGAGCUCGAUGAGGCUUCGCAGGCACUAGGGAUUGACGUGAAUGAUGGAGGUAUUUAUCUCACUUUCGAUUCCGACUUGAGAUCCUCCCGCGGCGAAGCCGUCCUUACUUUCUUGUCGCCAAUUCCUGACGGGACAUCAAACUCGCCCCCCAGGGCCAGUAUGCAACCUGUCGAUGAGCUGCAAUCUUUCCUCGGCGUUGAAAACUGAGCUGUUGUAGCUCCGGUUCACCGUCUCACCUUCAUUCUAUAUCACUAUUCACUUUGUUCAACUCAUCACACGGUUCUCUUAUGGCUAUUCUACGCUAGCAUCACGACAUGACCCCCUCAUUUUAUAUCCCUGGCAUUAUGUUUAACUCAUCUGACAAUUCUAAUUAGUCUUUCGUUCCCAUUGAUCACUUUAUGUAUCCGACUAACCAAUUCUGUGUAUCGCUAUUGAUAUUAUAUCAUGCUUGUCUUCGUGUCAACUUUACUAAAUAGUUACCCCUGACAUCUUAUCAUUCACUGAUUCGGGUGAUCACUUGAUAUGAUAACAUUCGGACCUAUGUAUUGCCCCGGCCGCGCCAC